AAUGGCACGGACGUGCUCACCGUGACGACUGGGCCCGCAAGCACACCAGAGACGGCGCUGAGGGAGAGGAGAAUACUGGCAGCGGGGAGCUUGAUCAUCUUGCAGGAUUUGUUUUUUAAAAGCGAGAGUAAAGAAAACGCAGACUCGAGACUGUUGAAGGCAGAAAAAGAGUGCGGAUGGUGCUACUUUCGCCGCAUAUUCUGCAGCAUUUAUAUGCGCUAGGAUGGGCCGCCGUGAGCCGUGCGAACAUCCAAGAAACGCUGCAGAUAAUCGCUGAAGGCGCACCGGGCGGAGGUGCUGUGCGGCGCGCAACGGUACGAGAGACGUGUCGUCCAGAACCGGGAGAAUACUGCUGGCACACGCGGAACGUAGGGUGGGUUUGUUCGAGAAAUCGUCCAGACGGGCUUCAAAGACCGUUUGUCUCGCCCUUUCGGUUGCAUGAAGAGUUAUUUAGGCAUCUCGCCCGUAGAAUAAUUGUUUCUGCCGUCAACGAUAUGGGAGGAGGUCGAUCUUCGGCGCAAGCGUCCGAGCCGGGAACGCCGCGCCUAUGCUUCGUGUACAAGAGCACGUUUGCCGGUCAGCUUGUCCGUAUGCGAGAGGGAAGUGUUGGGGCUGUGCGCGUAACCAUGAGGCGGUGCAAGUAAGCAGCAACAAGCUCCUCUUCCACCAAGAGCAGCUAAGACCUCGUCUUCACGUAAUGGCAGAUCAUGCGGUAUUUCAUGGCCGCAGAGGCGUUUCUGGGACGUCA